GUCCACUGUCAACCCACCGACUCAAGUUCUUGGACCGAGACACCACGUCCACAGACCCACGAUUUCCACCCAAACCCCUCUCAUGCGUCCUCCUCAGCGACAAACACAAUCAUGACGGCAAGCGCAAAUCGGGUGUCGACGUACACCUCGGCUUCCACAGGGUCAGACGGCCGCAAUGGAGAGAAGAAGGACCUCUGGAGCUCCAUGCUCGACAACGUAGCCAGCAGCAAACGGCUACCGGAGAAGAACAUGAUCGUACUGGGAGGCUCACCAGAGUCGCAAAAGGAAUUUGUCGAGUCCCUGUCACACAGCAGCGAGAAGCGAAGUCUGGAUCGCAACAGUUCAAAGACGCCUCCCAUUGCAAACAGCUUCGCUCUCGGGUAUACCUACUACGACGUCCUGGAUGCCGACCAAGAAGACAUACUUGCGCGGAUUUCUCUCUACAUGCUUUCGAACCCCUCAGAAUCGUUCCCGAAACUUAUUCAGCCCCUAAUUACGCCCGAGACGAUACCGAAUACCCUAAUGGUGGUGCUCCUUGACUGGUCUACACCACACUUGUGGAUGCGCCAACUGAGAGAAUGGAUCUUGUUCAUGCGCAGCAUCCUCGAGAGCUCAAGCCACGAGUGUCAAGCGACGAUGGAGGAGGUGAUGGUCGCAUGGCGGGAUAGGGGCAGGGGAGGUGGCUCGACGAACCUUGACGGCACGGGAGCGACCACUAGCGAAGGCGAUGUCGCACUGCCUCUUGGGCCUGGUGAAUGGGAAGAAGGCAUAGGUCUGCCGCUCUGCGUGGUCUGCCAGAACGCGGAGAAGAUGGAGGGUCUGGAGAAGACGCAAGGGUGGAAGGAAGGUGACUUCGACCAGGUUCUGCAGUAUCUCAGGACAGUGCUGCUGAGGCACGGCGCCUCGCUCAUUUACACCACACCAAACGUCCCUUCGUCAUUACCGAGUCUGGUGCACUCGAGUCUGGGCAUCACCUCCUUACUAAAACGACAACCGUUGAAGCACAACACAAUUGACAGAGACAAAAUCCUGGUGCCGCCAAACUGGGACUCCUGGGGCAAGAUCCGCGUGCUGAGGGAUGGAUUCGAUGUCGAGGCGACCAGCCAGGGCUGGUCGCAUGACCUGCAGUCCACUUUCCCUUCGCCUGCGAUGACGACGGACGGCCUGAGUAUUUUGGCCAAGGCGAAGGCAGAUGGGGACUACAAUGGCGAAGUUUCGUCCUCAGCAGUGGCGCCGUUCGAAGACUGGAUCCGUGAUCUCAGCCAAGCCGGCAGCGCGAUCUCAUUCGCAGGUCGGGACGGCGACCCGUCGCAGCUGGAGAUGUCAUCGACCGAUACGCAAGAGUUCCUCGGUUCCAGUCUACAGACUCUGGAAACGCACCGCAGCCGAAGUAACGACGACAAGAAGGCAGACGCCUCUAAGUCGAGAACAGGACAGCGGACCGAUGAGUCGGAUUCCAGUGCGUUGCGGCAGGGAGCCGACGACGGCAAGGUCAGCCAGCACAUUGGGCCUGUGCAGUUUAACAUGGGAGGCAUCCAGGUGGAUGCCGACGACAUGGUGCAGCGGCUUAAGGACCGUCAGGCAAACAGUGCUACACAGGAUCCCACCACGCCACCGGCUGACACCGCCGAGGAGAAUCCUGAUGAGAUGGACAACGACAAGCUCCAAGCUUUCUUCAGCGGCUUGAUGAACCGUAAACAACCUGCCAAUGGCAGCCCCCGUGGCGGCUCGUGA